AUGGAAAUGCAGGAUCUAGCCAGCCCACACAGCCAACUCAGUGGUAGUAGUGAAUCCCCCAGUGGUCCAAAACUUGAUAACUCCCAUAUAAAUAAUAAUUCCAUGACACCCAAUGGCACAGAAGUUAAAACAGAACCAAUGAGCAGCAGUGAGAUUGCUACUACUACUACCACAGACGGGUCUUUAGACAAUUUCUCAGGAUCAGCAAUUGGAAGCAGUGGUUUCAGCCCAAGACAAACACACCAGUUCUCCCCACCACAGAUUUACCCUUCCAACAGACCAUACCCACAUAUUCUUCCUACCCCCUCUUCACAAACGAUGGCUGCGUAUGGGCAAACACAGUUUACAACAGGGAUGCAACAAGCUACAGCUUAUGCCACUUACCCCCAGCCCGGCCAACCCUAUGGAAUCCCUUCAUAUGGCAUCAAGACAGAAGGUGGAUUGACACAGUCACAGUCACCUGGACAGACAGGAUUUCUGAGCUACGGUGCCAGCUUUAGCACACCUCAACCUGGACAGGCUCCCUAUAGCUACCAGAUGCAAGGCAGCAGUUUUACAACAUCAUCAGGAAUAUAUGCAGGAAACAAUUCACUCACAAAUUCUACUGGAUUUAAUAGUUCACAGCAGGAAUAUCCCUCUUAUCCGAGUUUUGGCCAGGGCCAAUAUGCACAGUAUUAUAAUAGCUCACCAUACCCUUCACAUUACAUGACAAACAGUAACACCAGCCCGACGACACCCUCCACAAAUGCAACAUACCAGCUUCAAGAGCCACCAUCUGGCAUCACCAGUCAAGCAGUUACAGAUCCUGCAGCAGAAUACAGUACAAUCCACAGUCCAUCAACACCCAUUAAAGAUUCAGAUUCAGAUAGAUUGCGUCGUAGUUCAGAUGGGAAAUCACGUGGACGUGGCAGAAGAAACAACAAUCCUUCACCACCACCUGACUCUGAUCUAGAGAGAGUAUUCAUUUGGGAUUUGGAUGAGACAAUCAUCAUUUUCCAUUCCUUGCUUACAGGGUCCUAUGCUAACAGAUAUGGAAGGGAUCCACCCACUUCUGUGUCUCUUGGACUCCGAAUGGAAGAGAUGAUUUUCAAUUUGGCGGACACGCAUCUAUUCUUUAACGAUUUAGAAGAGUGCGACCAGGUUCACAUUGAUGAUGUGUCUUCAGAUGACAACGGUCAGGAUUUAAGCACCUAUAACUUUGGAACAGACGGUUUUCCCGCGGCCGCCACCAGUGCGAACUUAUGCCUCGCAACGGGGGUGCGCGGAGGAGUGGACUGGAUGCGAAAAUUGGCUUUCCGCUACAGACGAGUAAAAGAAAUAUAUAAUACCUACAAAAAUAAUGUCGGAGGUCUUCUUGGUCCAGCAAAAAGAGAGGCUUGGUUACAACUAAGAGCAGAAAUUGAAGCUUUGACAGAUUCUUGGCUAACACUUGCACUGAAAGCACUCACCCUCAUUCAUUCGAGGACAAACUGUGUGAACAUUCUCGUAACAACUACUCAGCUAAUUCCAGCUCUGGCAAAAGUCUUGUUGUAUGGACUAGGGGUUGUAUUUCCCAUAGAGAAUAUUUACAGUGCAACUAAAAUAGGAAAGGAAAGUUGUUUUGAGCGAAUAAUUCAAAGAUUUGGAAGAAAAGUAGUGUAUGUUGUUAUAGGGGAUGGUGUCGAAGAAGAGCAAGGUGCAAAAAAGCAUGCUAUGCCAUUUUGGAGAAUCUCGAGUCACUCUGACCUUAUGGCCCUUCACCAUGCCUUGGAACUGGAGUACUUGUAGCAGCUCAGCAGCACUUUGAAACCUCAGAGCCUCUUUCUGCCUGUGGACGGAAUGCCUGUGACUUGUGUCAGCAUUGGACUACAGAACUUUGUGAUUUCAACAUGUUGACAUACAGCUGCAAUUGGUCUUAACCCUUGCCCUUUCAGUAAACAGAGGAGCAUGUCUAUUUCUUCAGAACAGCUGUUGACUCUGGUACAGCAAGUCCAACGAAAAUAAGCCAUGCGAAUGUUUGAACAACUUACCUUUACCAUAUUUGCUACCAAAAAGAAAUAGAGAAGGAAAAGGAAAAAAGGAAAUAAAAGGUUCAUACCUGUGAAGAAAUAAAAAAGGACCUACAAAGGCUUUGUAGUUUUUAGACUCUUCAAUGUGACACACACCCUUUCUUCAACACAGCAAACUUGAUUGCACAAUGAAGACUGAGAUUUUUCAAAAUACCAGUGGAGUAAUUUUCUUGUAAAGAAGGUUUACUUUUUGGUUCUCAUACCCAGGGUACUCUGUACAUCUUUACUUAUUUAUGAACAGACUAUAUUUUGACAUCAUAUAACUGAGGAUAUGUAUAAUAGGAUUAAAGGCUAUUAUAAACCUUUGCCUUAUGGUACAGCAACUACUUUUGAUUUUAGCACAUUACAGAGUAGUUUAAAAUAUGUCUAAUUUAAACUAAUAGGUACAUCACUGAGACAAUCAUGUACAGGAAGAAUUUUUGUGUAAAUUUGUAAUAAUGAAUGAUUCUUUUACAUAUUGUUAAGGUAAAUGCUAUUGAAAGAUAGUAAUGCCUUGUUAGUGAAGAAUGAGGCCACAUGUGCACAAACUGUUUGUGCAGUGCCUCGUCAAUGCAUUGGAUAUAAAUAUGUAGAUAAUGGAUUUUUUUUAGGUAAAUUUGUCAAGACCAAAAGCAUGGAUGUCAAGUGUCAAUAGGAAUUGGGUUUUGUUUUCCUCAUCUGUUUCUCUACCUUUCUCUUCUCUCACCUACUCUAAUUAUGAAAAGAUUGAUUUCUCCCUCCUGCCCCCCCCGAAGGAAAUACAGAUAAAACACAGCUGAAGAGGAGUCCUUUGCUGUCUUCUGCUUCCUCUUUUAAAGUUAACAUAUUAACCCUUUUUUAAAAGUAUUGAAAUAUUAUUUAGGAAGUUCAUUCUAUAAAGCAAUA